ACCCCCGGCUGUGCCAUUGGGCAGGAGGAAGAGCCCUGAGAGCCUGGAGGUGCCGGCUGAGAGCCAGCAAGCCGAGCUCUAUUACACCCUGCAUGCCCCCGAUGGGGCCGGACAGUGCCUUGGGGAGAUUGGUUCCCUCGCCGUGGGGCUGGGGGAGCCAGGACUGAGGGUCCCACACAGCACCCACUGCUGCGCAUCGGCAGCGUCAGCCUCCUGCAGCCCGGCCCGGGGCAGCCCAUGCAGGAGCAUCGGCUGGAUGGCAACGUCUUCAUCCGCCUGCCCGACAAGCCCCUCAAGCCAGGGGAGGUGCUGAGCAUCCUCCUCUACCUGAUGUCCAACUCCACUGUGGAGCACUUCACCCUCAGGGUGAAGGCCAAGAAGGGAGUCAACCUGCUGAGCACCAGGUCAAGGAGUGGGCAGUGGCUGGUGAGCUCGGAGCUGCUGACGGGCGGCAAGCACUCCACUGCCACUGUCGAUGUCUCCAGGGUGGAUGGUGCCGGGCCCAGGGAUGGGGACUCCUCGGAGAUCAUGCAGCUGGAUUUCGAGAUGGAGAACUUCACCAGCCAGUCGGUGACUCGCCGCAUCAUGUGGCACAUUGACUACCGGGGCCGCAACCCACCGCCCCGACCGGAGAAGGUGGUGACGGAGCUGACAGUCAUCCAGAGGGACAUCAGAGCCAUCGUGCCCCUGGCCAUGGACACGGAAAUCAUCAACACGGCCAUCCUGACGGGGCGGACGGUGGCCAUCCCCGUGAAGGUCAUCGCCAUUGAGCUGAGCGGUGUCAUCGUGGAUGUCUCUGCUAUGGUUGAGUGCAAGUCUAACAACGAAGACAUCAUCAAGGUCUCCAGCAGCUGUGACUAUGUCUUUGUCAGUGGGAAGGAGUCGCAGGGCUCCAUGAGCGCCCGGGUCACCUUCAGCUACGAGCACCUCUCUGCCCCACUGGAGAUGACAGUGUGGGUGCCCAAGCUGCCGCUGCACAUUGAGCUCUCAGACGCCCGCUUGAGCCAAGUGAAGGGCUGGAGGGUGCCCAUCCUGCCGGACAGGAGGCUGGUGCGGGACAGCGAACACGAGGAGGAUGAAGAGGAGCGGAAGCAGAGCAGGGGCUGUGCCCUGCAGUACCAGCACACCACACUGCAGGUCUUCACCCAGUUCCACACCACAGCGGCGGAGGGCACAGAGCAAGUGGUCACCAUGCUGGGGCCAGACUGGCUGGUGGAGGUCACCGACCUGGUCAGCGACUUCAUGCGUGUGGAUGACCCACGGGUGGCACACAUGGUGGACAGCUUCACACUGGCCGGGAGGGAGCCGGGCACCACACUCUUCAAGGUUGUGUCCCCGCUCAUGGAAGCGGUGCUGGGGGAGACGCUGGUGACGGUGGCGGAGGAGAAGGUGAGCAUCACAGACCUGAAGGCCCAGGUGGUCUCCAGCCUCUCGCUGUCUCUCCAUCCCAGCCCUGGCAACAGCCACACCAUCAUUGCCCGGACGUCCGUGCAGCAGACCCUCAGCUUCUUCAAGCAGGAAGCGCUCCUGAGCCUGUGGAUUUCCUACAGCGACGGCACCACGGCCCCGCUGUCCCUCUACGACCCCAAGGACUACAACCUGGUGGUGAGCAGCCUGGAUGAGAAGGUGGUGUCGGUGACCCCGGACCGCGCGUUCCCUUUGGUGGUGGCACAGAGCGAGGGCGCAGGGGAGCUGCUGAGGGUCGAGCUGGUCAUCUGCGAGAGCUGCCAGAAGACCAAGCGCAAGAGCAUCCUCUUCACAGCCCUGGCCAGUGUGCGGGUCCACUUCGGGUCCGAGGAGGACCCAACCUAUGACUAUGACCAUGUCCCCAGCAAGCCGGGGCUGGUGGAGACGGGGGCAAGCACCACCCUGCGGGCAGAGGUGGAGAGGAAAGCGGAGCCGAGCGAGGACAGUAGGAUGUCCAGCGCAUCUCAUCCCACCGAGGACUUCCCCACCAUCCCCACGGGCUUCGUCCAGGUGACCAGGGGGCUCACAGACCUGGAGAUAGGCAUGUACGCCCUCCUGGGUGUCUUCUGCCUGGCCAUCUUGGUCUUCCUCAUCAACUGCAUUGUCUUUGUGCUGAAGUACCGGCACAAACGUAUCCCUCCUGAAGGCCAGACCAACAUGGACCAUUCCCACCACUGGGUCUUCCUGGGCAACGGGCAGCCCUUGCGGGCUCACAAUGACCUCUCCCCCCAGCCCGAAAGCCCUGGGAACCCCCUGGAGAACGUGCAGAGCUGCUGCCAUGGGGACCACCACAGCAGUGGGAGCUCACAGACCAGUGUGCAGAGCCAGGUCCAUGGCCGUGGGGACGGCUCCUCGGGGGGCUCCACACGGGACCAGAGCGAGGACCCGCUCAACUCGCCCACCUCCAAACGGAAGCGGGUGAAGUUCACCACCUUCGCCACGCUGCCCUCCGACGAGCUGGCCUACAACUCCAUCCCCAUCGCCGAUGAGGAGGACCUGGAGUGGGUCUGCCAGGACAUGGGGCUGCAGGACCCCGAAGAGCUUCACAACUACAUCCGCAGGAUCAAAGAGAUCGCUUAGCG